AUGGAACGAGUUUUGCUAUCUGUUGGCUACACAAUACGGGACCGCGGUGAACAUAUCCAAGUUGGAGUUGUCUUCGAUCAAAACACAGAAGAGAUCCAGAACGCUUUCAAGUUCGCGAUGGUUCAGCACUCGACGUCCAACCGGAGCCGGUUGGAUUUCCAGCUCUACGUCGACGUCAUUAACACAGCAGAUGCCUUCAAACUCUCCAGGCUUAUCUGCAAUCAAUUCGGACGUGGGGUAAUGGCGAUGCUGGGAGCUGUAACUCCGGACUCCUUCGACACUCUGCACUCGUAUUCCAACACCUUCCAGAUGCCGUUCGUGACCCCCUGGUUUCCUGAAAAGGUUAUACCACCGUCAUCGGGCCUCAUCGAUUAUGCCGUCAGCAUGCGACCGGACUACCACCGAGCUGUCAUCGACACCAUCACCUUCUAUGGUUGGAAGAACGUCAUAUACGUGUAUGAUUCCCACGACGGUCUGCUUCGCCUCCAGCAACUGUACCAAAGUCUGCAACCGGGCAACGCUACUUUUCGAAUUUCUAAUGUGAAACGCGUCUCCAACGCAACUGACGUGAUCGCAUUUCUCGGCUCGAUCGAGCGUCUGGAUCGCUGGAGCAAUAAAUACGUUGUACUCGACUCCACAACACAACUCGCUAAAGAAGCUCUAAUUUUGCACGUGCGCGACGUAAGGCUCGGGCGCCGGAACUACCAUUAUUUUCUAAGCGGUCUGGUGAUGGACGAUCGCUGGGAAAGGGAGGUCACAGAAUUCGGAGCUAUUAACAUAACUGGGUUUAGAGUACUGGAUUUUUCGAGAAAAGUCGUAAGAGAUUUUAUCGAUGUUUGGAAGAAGGAUUCUAUUUCGGCCCAAGCUGCCCUCAUGUACGACGCGGUCCAGGUGUUGGUGGACGCCAUAGUGCGGCUACUCCGUAAGAAGCCAGAUAUACUGAGGGGAACGAUAAGACGGAAUGCCAACGUGAACACAAGCCGCAUCAUCGACUGCAACCCUAAAGGCAAAAUUACACCUUACGAACACGGCGACAAGAUAUCACGGAUGAUUAAAAAGACGGAGUUAGAUGGGCUGACCGGAAGCCUUCGGUUCAACGAAGAGGGCCAUCGUCGCAACUUUACCUUGCAAAUCAUGGAGCUCACUGUUGAUGGUGAAAUGGUCAAAAUUGCGACGUGGUAUGACAACCGCGGACUUGUGCCGGUGGUGCCCAAGCUAUCACCAUUGUCUCCCCCCGGAACAUACGAUCGAAACAAAACAUACAUAGUGUCCACCAUAGAAGAGCCCCCAUACGUUAUGCGGCAUAAAGCAGGCGGGCCGGAAUCCACGCCUAACGACCCAUACAGAGGCUUCUGUGUAGACCUCGCCAAAAUGUUAUCGGAUAAGUUGGAAAUCAAAUAUGACUUACGACUGGUGAAAGACGGAAAGUACGGAAACGACAAUCCGAAAAUAGUUGGCGGUUGGGACGGGAUGGUUGGCGAACUCGUCAGGAAGGAAGUAGAUAUGGCUAUAGCUCCACUCACGAUCACACUAGAAAGAGAAACUGUUAUUGACUUUAGCAAACCAUUUUUGUCGUUCGAUGUCAAAACGAAAAAAAAUUCAUUCAAGGACCCCACUACGAUAUUCAGUUUUCUUCAUCCACUUUCUAAGGAAAUAUGGCUCUGCAUUAUAUUCAGCUUGUUCGCCGUUAGUGUUGUACUAUUUCUGGUAUCGAGAUUUUCCCCGCACGAAUGGCGUUUGAUUUCAUUCACCGACUCUCAAACUUCGGAUCACUCGGAAGUGGCAACAACAAAGACGACCGCGGUCAACGAAUUCACCUUCUGGAAUUCUAUGUGGUUUUCGUUGGGUUCUUUUAUGCAGCAGGGCAGCGACAUUACGCCGAGAUCGAUUUCCGGAAGAAUUGUAGGAUCGGUUUGGUGGUUUUUCGCAUUGAUCGUUAUCUCGUCGUACACUGCCAAUUUGGCGUCUUACCUCACCCUGACACGUAUAUCGGAACCGAGUCAAUCAUACAACAAAUUAGCGACAUGCCCUGAGGAUACGGCUGGCAAUCUAGGAAAUUCAAUGUUCCAAGAAGGAGGUGAAGGGAAUGGCUGGCUUAAUUUUAUCUUCGAUCCUGCUGGUUCUAAUAGCGAAAAUGAUAAAAAGCCCUGUGAAAUGUUAGUCACCGUUGCCAGCACUGGGGUGCAGGAUUUUGCAGUCGCAAUGCCGAAGGGAUCCAAAUUGCGGGACGGAAUCAACCUUGCCCUCCAAUCACUUAAAAAUGACGGCGAGUUGCAAAAACUCAUCCGCAAAUGGUUUACUAAAGCAGAGUGUGAAGCUAACCAGGACGUUCAAGGCUCGGAACUGACUUUAGGUCAAGUGGCGGGACUGUUCUACGUCUUGCUGGGUGGACUGGGUCUUGCUUUAGGCGUGGCAUUAUUGGAAUUUUGUCAGCAUGGUCGUGCUGAAGCAGCUCGCGCCAAUGUCCCACUAGGGGCAGCGUUACGCGCCCGCGCUCAACUUGCUUCGUCUGGAACCAACCGUGACAGGAAGAACAAUUCUCAGCGAACCCCACAACGUGAUAGCGACCGACUCGGAUGGAAUGGCGGAGCCUUCACUGGAGUGAGCAAAUACUACAGCCCGGCCACCCAGAUCGGUCAGGAGGAGACUUCCCUGCACGCUAGCUUCACGCAAGUCUGAUCCUCGGCUCGGGAGGCCAGCGUCUGCCGCCGGCUAUCCCAACCCAGGCGACAAUCCACCUCAGUUGAUCUCUAUCAAUUGUAAACGAUCAAAUAAUACCACGGCAUUUAACAAAAUUUCCUCUAAUAAUUAUUCGACCCAUUACAAGACCCUGAAUAUCUUAAUUAAUUAACGUAUACGCAAUGAGCGUCUGUACCUAUAGUGAAUUAGAAUGUACUUUUUCGAACUAAUUUAGUGCACAGUUCAUCGUAUGUACGUUUGUGUAUUAUGCGAGCGAGUUACAUGGUAGAGAUGUGUAGAUCGGUUAGAUUUAUGUAUUUGUUUCGCGUUUCAAUUCGAAACUAGUUUGGGAAUGCCCUAAUAUCCAUUUUGGUCGACCUCUAUCAAGUACAAACGACCGAUGUGAAUAAAGCGGCUCAGCACGUUUUUUA